UUGCCUGAGCAGCCGCCGCCGCCGCCGCCGCCUUUUCAAUUGAGGAGGAGGCGGCAGGAAUGGAGGGCCGUAUUUACCUCCCCUCCUUUUUUUGCCUUGGCGAGGAGCCCUAAAAAUAGCAGCAACAAAGCAAAGAGGAAAGAAACAUUUUGCGGCAGCUUCCUCCAAGUCGCCUCUGAAUUUUUAUUUUAUUUUUGGGAUUGCUUCUUUCUCUCCCCUACCCCCUCCUCUCUCCCGAAAGUAUGAGAGGGCGGCAGAGGUGCUGCUGCUCUCCUCAGCCUCCUUCUUCCCCGCCGCUGCUGCUGCCGCUGCUGAUACUACUACUGCUACCACCACCACCACCACCACCUCCUUCUUCUCCUCCUGCUCCUCCGCGCUGGUAGGAGCCAGAGAAGAGAAGAUGGGCGCCGUCCUCAGGAGCCUCCUGGUCUGCGGUUUAUGUUCCCUGACGAGAGCGUCUCCACUGUUGCUAUAUGCAAAUCGGCGUGAUCUACGAUUGGUGGAUGCUGCGCAGGUAAAUGAGAAUGCUACGGUCGUUGUGGGUAGCUUGGAAGAUGCCGCUGCAGUGGACUUCGUCUUCAUUCAUGGCUUGAUAUACUGGAGUGAUGUAAGCGAAGAAGCCAUUAAGCGAACAGAAUUCAACAGGACAGGAAGUGUGCAAAAUGUGGUUAUUUCUGGGCUUUUGUCACCUGAUGGGCUAGCUUGUGAUUGGCUGGGCGAGAAACUUUAUUGGACAGAUUCCGAAACAAACCGGAUCGAAGUUUCCAAUUUAGAUGGAUCUUUGCGAAAAGUUUUAUUCUGGCAAGAGUUGGAUCAACCAAGAGCGAUUGCCUUAGAUCCUAUGAGAGGGUUCAUGUAUUGGACAGACUGGGGAGAAGUGCCAAAGAUCGAGCGUGCUGGGAUGGAUGGCUCAAGCCGCUCGGUUAUAAUCAACGCAGACAUUUAUUGGCCGAAUGGAUUGACCUUAGAUUAUGAAGAACAGAAACUGUAUUGGGCAGACGCUAAACUGAACUUCAUUCACAGAUCAAAUUUGGAUGGUUCACAUCGGCAAGCUGUAAUUAAAGGAUCCCUGCCACAUCCAUUUGCUCUGACAUUAUUUGGGGAUACGCUGUACUGGACUGACUGGACUACUCGCUCUGUCCUGGCCUGCAACAAACGUACCGGGGAGAAUCUACGAGAAAUACAUUCCAACAUCUUUUCCCCCAUGGAUAUCCAUGUGUUCAGCCAACAGCGGCAGCCCAAUGCUACAAACCCGUGUGGAUCCAAUAAUGGUGGUUGCUCCCACUUAUGUUUGAUGUCUCCUGUCAAGCCCUCUUAUCAGUGUGCGUGUCCCACAGGUGUGAAACUCCUUGAGAAUGAAAAGACCUGCAAAGAUGGUGCCAUGGAAUUGCUGCUAUUAGCCCGGAGGACUGACUUGAGGAGGAUAUCUUUGGACACUCCAGAUUUCACUGAUAUUGUUUUGCAAUUGGAAGACAUUCGGCAUGCCAUUGCUAUUGACUACGAUCCUGUAGAAGGGUACAUCUAUUGGACAGAUGAUGAGGUGAGGGCAAUCCGCCGCUCUUUCAUUGAUGGGUCUGCUAGCCAGUUUGUGGUCCAGGCACAAAUUGCACAUCCUGAUGGCAUCGCUGUAGAUUGGAUUGCCCGAAACCUUUAUUGGACUGAUACUGGUACGGAUCGCAUUGAAGUAACACGGCUUAAUGGGACUAUGAGGAAGAUCUUGAUCUCAGAAGACUUGGAAGAACCAAGAGCUAUUGUUUUGAAUCCUAUGGUUGGCUACAUGUAUUGGACUGAUUGGGGAGAGGUUCCGAAGAUUGAGAGGGCUGCAUUAGAUGGAUCAGACAGAGUUGUACUCGUGAACACUUCCCUUGGUUGGCCAAAUGGAUUGGCAUUGGAUUAUAAUGAAAACAAGAUAUACUGGGGAGAUGCCAAAACAGACAAAAUUGAGGUCAUGAACACAGACGGAACCAGUAGGAGAGUGCUUGUGGAAGACAAACUGCCUCAUAUUUUUGGUUUCACCCUGUUGGGGGACUAUAUUUAUUGGACAGACUGGCAAAGGCGAAGCAUUGAGCGGGUCCAUAAGCGGACAGCAGAACGGGAGAUCAUCAUAGACCAGCUGCCUGAUCUCAUGGGCCUGAAGGCUACGAAUGUCCACCAGAUAAUUGGUACAAAUCCUUGUGCAGAGUCCAAUGGGGGUUGCAGCCAUCUCUGCCUGUACAGGCCUCAGGGUUUGCGUUGUGCCUGUCCCAUUGGUCUGGAGCUCAUAAGUGACAUGAAAACUUGCAUAGUCCCAGAAGCUUUCUUGCUGUUUUCCCGCAGAGCAGAUAUCAGGCGAAUCUCUCUGGAGACUAAUAACAAUAAUGUUGCCAUCCCACUCACAGGAGUUAAAGAAGCUUCUGCUUUGGAUUUUGAUGUGAGUGACAACCGCAUAUAUUGGACAGACAUCUCAUUAAAGACCAUCAGCAGAGCAUUCAUGAAUGGUAGUGCCCUGGAGCAUGUGGUUGAGUUUGGCUUGGAUUAUCCAGAAGGCAUGGCUGUGGAUUGGCUAGGGAAGAACCUGUAUUGGGCCGACACAGGAACAAAUCGCAUUGAAGUGUCAAAGUUAGAUGGGCAGCAUCGUCAGGUUUUAGUGUGGAAAGACUUGGACAGUCCUCGGGCAUUGGCAUUGGAUCCUGCUGAAGGGUUCAUGUACUGGACAGAAUGGGGUGGAAAACCCAAAAUUGAUAGAGCUGCCAUGGAUGGUAGUGAACGUAGUACGUUGGUGCCAAAUGUGGGUCGGGCUAAUGGGCUGACAAUCGAUUACGCUAAAAGAAGAUUGUACUGGACCGAUCUGGAUACUAAUCUGAUUGAAUCUUCAAAUAUGCUAGGCCUUGACCGUGAUGUUAUAGCAGAUGACUUGCCUCAUCCAUUUGGUCUGACUCAAUACCAGGAUUACAUCUAUUGGACAGACUGGAGUCGACGUAGCAUUGAACGUGCCAACAAAACCAGUGGCCAGAACAGAACUGUCAUUCAAAACCACUUGGAUUACGUGAUGGAUAUCCUAGUCUUCCAUUCAUCCCGACAAGCAGGCUGGAAUGAGUGUGCUUCUAGUAAUGGGCACUGCUCCCACCUCUGCCUGGCAGUGCCUGUUGGUGGUUUUGUCUGCGGAUGUCCAGCGCACUAUUCUUUGAACUCUGACAACAGAACAUGUAGUGCCCCUACAAGUUUCUUGCUCUUCAGUCAGAAGAAUGCAAUCAAUCGCAUGGUGAUAGAUGAGCAGCAGAGCCCAGAUAUUAUCCUUCCAAUCCACAGCCUUAGGAACGUUCGGGCCAUUGACUACGACCCCCUGGAUAAGCAGCUGUAUUGGAUUGACUCACGGCAAAACGUUAUCAGGAAGUCGCAGGAGGAUGGCAGCCAGAGCUUUACAGUUGUGAUGAGUCCAGUUCCCAAUCAGAACCUAGACAUACAACCAUAUGAUCUGAGCAUUGACAUCUACAGUCGUUACAUUUAUUGGACAUGUGAGGCCACAAAUGUAAUCAAUGUGACACGCCUGGAUGGGAGGCUGAUGGGAGUGGUGCUGAAAAGUGAUCAGGAUAGGCCCAGGGCCAUUGUCGUGAAUCCAGAGAAAGGGUACAUGUAUUUCACCAAUCUCCAGGAAAGAUCACCUCCCAAAAUAGAAAGGGCAGCAUUAGAUGGAACUGAACGGGAGGUUCUCUUUUCCAAUGGACUGAGCAAGCCUGUAGCCCUGGCAAUUGACAGCCAGUUGGGAAAGCUAUUCUGGGCAGAUUCUGACCUGCGGAGAAUUGAGAGCAGUGACCUUUCAGGUGCCAAUCGGAUUGUUCUAGAAGAUUCCAACAUCCUACAACCUAUAGGCCUGACUGUGUUUGAAAACUGGCUCUAUUGGAUUGAUAGGCAUCAACAGAUGAUAGAAAAAAUUGACAUGACUCGUCAAGAAGGACGUACGAAAGUUCAGGCUCGUAUUGCCCAACUCAGUGAUAUUCAUGCUGUUAAAAAACUCAACAUGCAGGAAUAUAGACAGCACCCCUGUUCCCAAGAUAAUGGUGGCUGUUCACACAUUUGUAUUGUAAAAGGUGAUGGAACCACACGUUGUUCUUGCCCAGUGCACCUUGUCCUGCUUCAGGAUGAACUUUCUUGUGGAGAACCGCCAACAUGCUCCCCACAGCACUUCACGUGUUUCACAGGGGAGAUUGACUGCAUUCCUGUAGCUUGGCGCUGCGAUGGGUUCACUGAAUGUGAAGAUGCCAGUGAUGAGAAGAAUUGCCCUGUGUGCUCAGAGACUCAGUUCCAGUGUGAGAGUGGGCAGUGCAUUGACAGCGUCCUUCAGUGCAAUGGAGAACCAAAUUGCCAGGAUAGCUCGGAUGAAAAGAAAUGUGAAGUGCUUUGUUUAACAGAUCAGUUCCGAUGUGCCAGUGGUCAGUGCAUUGGGAAAAACAAAAAAUGCGACCACAACUUGGACUGUAGUGACAACUCUGAUGAACAGGGUUGCUAUACAACUGAAGAACCAGCCCCACAAGCUACAAAUACCAUAGGUUCUAUCAUUGGUGUGAUUCUCACAGUUUUUGUAGUUGCCGCAAUGUACUUUGUUUGCCAGAGGGUACUGUGCCCACGCAUGAAAGGGGACGGAGAAACAAUGACCAAUGACUACGUUGUGCACGGACCAGCUUCUGUACCUCUGGGCUAUGUCCCUCACCCAAGCUCUCUGUCUGGAUCGCUUCCUGGAAUGUCCCGUGGCAAAUCUGUGAUCAGUUCACUCAGUAUUAUGGGUGGAAGUAGUGGACCUCCAUACGACAGGGCUCAUGUUACUGGGGCAUCAUCCAGUAGUUCUUCAAGCACCAAGGGCACCUACUUCCCUCCAAUUUUGAACCCUCCUCCAUCACCAGCUACUGAGCGUUCACAUUAUACUAUGGAAUUUGGUUAUUCUUCAAAUAGCCCUUCUACUCAUCGAUCAUACAGUUACAGGCCAUACAGUUAUCGGCAUUUUGCUCCCCCCACUACCCCGUGCAGCACAGACGUUUGUGACAGCGACUACGCUCCCAGCCGUAGAGUGAUGACAACAGUGGGCAAGGGUUACACCAGUGACUUGAACUACGAUUCUGAGCCUGUGCCCCCUCCUCCGACACCACGCAGCCAGUACUUAUCAGCAGAAGAGAAUUAUGAGAGCUGCCCACCGUCGCCGUACACAGAGCGGAGUUACUCGCAUCACCUCUACCCUCCGCCCCCUUCUCCCUGCACGGACUCUUCAUGAGAGACUCCCUCCCUCCUUUGACUGCCUCCAUCUCACCAGUGUACAUACUAUUUGUCCCUUUCAAGAGGGGGGAGGACGUGUGUACAGUUAAAAUUUAUUAAAUGGGCUUGGGUGGGGAUACUGGGGAUAACUUGUACAUACAAUGGGGAUAAAAAUGGUUAUUUAUAUAUUUUCCUAAAACAGAGUCUGCUGCUUUGUGCCAUAAGAAUUUUAAAAAAUUUGUAUACAAAGGGUUUUUUUUUUAUUAUUUUUCCAAAUGGAACACAAGAAGAUGCCUUAAAUCAGUGAAGUGACUGAGCACAUAGGGAAAUGGAAGGACCAGGAUGUGUCGCUGUUCAAUGAGCCAAAUACCAAAAAAGGAGGAGGAGGAGAAGGAGAAGAAGAAGAAAGCUUUUUAUCAUGGAAAAGAAUGAAAGGAACCUGUCAUGAAGCAGCAUCUAUAAAUAUCUGCACAGAGCUGAAUAACCUCUUGCAUUUUUAACUCUGAUGGGCGAGCAACUCAAAUUAAACUUGAAGAAAACUGUCAGGCAGAUAACUAAUGGUACACAAAGGGCUUUGUCUACUGCAAGAAUAACAGCUAUCAUGUUGGUGAAAACAGAUGCAUUUACACUUUUGAAAAUAGCACCUUUUGUUUAAUUAAUAUCUUCUGAAGUAGCUCAGUUGCACCAUUUUUGCAGCCCUUGGGAGUUCCAUCAUUUGUUGGCUGUGGGUUUUUGUUUGUUUGUUUGUUUCUUUACUUUGUGGGGCUGUUGACUUGGCGUUUGGGCCUUGUUGAGAUAGGGGGGUGGGGUCUAGCAGGGAAUUGCAAACUCCUUCCCUAUCCUUUCUUGCAGGGCCAGGAAGAUCCUGCAUGCAAAUAAAUGUGAGGUCUCCUGAUGUCUUUGUUACCUUCUGUCUGCAGGGGAAGAAAGAAGAGGGAGUGCUCCAACCUGAGGCCCGUUCCCUGCCUCACCUCAAGUACAAUCCUGGAGGGGGGAGGAAUAGAGUAAAGAAUGAAAAGGCCCUUUGUGAGGAUGCAAGUGUGUUUGUGCGUGCGUGUGAAUGUGAGAGAGAAGUCUUCUUUUUCUGCCAGUAUAAUAGGGUUAUGUUCUCCUACCAGGUCAGUGAUAUUUCCAUGAUAAGGGCAAAGGGUAAUUAUACCUGAAUAACUUUUGCUCCCAGCUCUUCAAAACGUUUCAGUGCCCAAAAAAGUUGUCAUAUUUUUAUACUACAUAAUAAUAAAUAAUAAUAUAGAUGGCAUAUUUAUAAACUAUUAAAUUUAACUUUGAAUUAUUAGUUUAAUGUAAAUGAAAUCUUAUAUUCUUGCAGUACUUUCAGUGUAUAGUAAAUAUCACAGUAUACAAUUCAUAUAUAUCAAAAUACUAUUUUUCUUUAUUAGGAAGCAUUUAAACUUUUUUUCAAUCAAGAUGCUUUCUGAACUCCUGGGUUGUCAGAAAUACUUCUUCCGAUUGGAGCCGUGUUGGUGUUCAAUAAGUCAGUCUUUGCAGUAUGACUUGAACAUGCUGCUUCCUCUUAUGUGGCAAAACUUCCAUUUUUAAGCCCAAACCGCUGUGAAUGUCAGUUUUUAAAGUUAUUCUUUGCCAAAGUGUUUUGUUAACAUUACAUAUUUUGUUUCAUUUUGUCUAUACCCCUUCAAUGAUUUGAAAGGGAUGCCAGGUCUUCAUUGAUGAGAGCCAAUAGCUGAAAAUCUGGUGCAUGCAGCUUUUUCGCUGUUUGAGCAAUGAGAAGGUAAGCCUUUGAUGGAGGCUUUCCUGACAUUCAGCCUUUUGGAACUUACAGCAAUCAUAAAGGCCGACACAGAGAGCCGUCCUCCUGGAAUUGGGGGCGAAACAAGUCAGCUUUGUUACACUGAUUCUACACGGGUGUCAGGAAAUGUUAUUGCCUUCGUGAAGAGCUGCUUCACAUAUUAUGGGGCAAUCAGGCAUUGCUAGACAAUUGAAACGUUCAGGGCCCAGGCCCAUAGUAUGCAAAUCUGCAUAAAAUUUAGAUAUACUAAUUUAUAUAUCUCUAUGCACAUUGAGAGAUAAUGUCUAUGAUUUACUUAAAUUUCAUAAAAAACAGCCAGCCAUUUAAGAGGGUUUUACUCUUAAAGGCAGCCUGAAAUAUUUUUCAAAUAAAUAAAAUUCAAAUAACCUAAAAUAAAAUAAAUUAUUCACUUAAUUUGUUCCCUGUCCCAGAUCAUCCCAAAUCAGUAGUUCGUCUUCAGUUACAAUUAAGGAUGCAACCCUGUGCAUGUUUAGAUAGAAAAGAGGCCAACAACUUCCAGCAUAGGGAAUGCUGGAAGUUGUAGGCCUUUUUUCUCUUUAAACAUGCAUAGAGUUGCAUUCUUAAGUUGUAAUCUCUUCCCCUCCACAUUUCUUUUUCUUUCCCCCUUGGAGGAAAAUUGCCCCCACCCUGUGCAAUUCAGUUUAAAGGAAGGUUCUGUUGGCACCUGUCGAAGUUCCUCCCCACCUCUAAAUUUAAUUGCUAUGUGGUUUGAGGGGCAAUUCCAGCCUAUAGAGAACAGAGGGUUAACCCUUCCAACCCCAAUUGUAAUUCUUGAAAAUCUCCUGCAUUGGAUGUCUUCAAACAGUUGGACAUACAGUAGUCCUACAGUGGGCAGUUGCAAUUGGCCACACCUUGGUGUCUUGCGACUGCACAUUUCUGGGGUUGGAAAUUUGUGGCCCUCCAGAUAUUGCUGGCCUGCAGCUCCCUAACCAGCAUAGCAAAUGGUGGGGAUAAUGGAAGUUGCAGCCCAACAACGUUUGGAGGACCACAUGUUGCGCACCCCUGGUAUAUUUAGAGACACAAGGCACCUUUCCAUACUUUAUUUGUUGGGGGAGAUACCAGUGUAACAUCAGUGUAGCAACAGCAUCCAUAAUUGCUACGUUCUUACGUAUGGAGCAGUUCUUACUUGUUCCCUUGCCAGUCUCAGUUAAACAUUUUCAGGCUCCAAACAUCCCCUCCUUUUGAUUCUGUACAUUUUGGGUGUGUGGUCGUCGUCGUCCCCCGUCCCCCCCCCCCCCCGGAUUUGUGCACUGUUGUAUUUCAGUCGUCAGAAGCUCACUUUUACUUCGACUCC